GUCACGUUAAAAGCAACGCUAGCGCUGAAUAAUGCUUGUUUAUAUUUAAAAUCAACUAUUAAUAACAUAAUAUUUUCAUAGUAUAUACGUGUACCUUUUUAAAAUGGAUAUUAAUACACAAAUAAUACUACAAGUAAAACAUUACGAAUGUUUGUAUAAUCACAAUGUACUAGAAUAUAAAACUAUAUCAGUUAGGAAUGCGGCUUGGAGGAAUAUUGCUAAUGAAUUAAAUGUGUCAGCUGAUUACGCAAAAGAAACAUGGGAAAAACUGAGAAGAUGUUUUUGCAAUGCAAGAAAUAGACGUUUAUCCAAAGUUAACCCUUUUAGAAAACCAUGGAGGUAUGAAAAAGAAAUGGAUUUUCUUUUGCCUUUCUCAGAAAUUCGAGGGUCUAAUUUAAAUUCAGAUGAACAAAAGAAACAGAACAAGGAACCAGACAGCAUGAAAGAUGAAAGCAUUAAACAAGAACAUUUGACUGAUGAUGAAGUGGACGAAUUUAUCGUUGGUGAAGAAAUCGAUGAAAACGAUUUUACUGCUUUUAACAAUGAACAUGAUCUAAGCACAAACUCCGAGGAUUUUUACACUACAAAAUCGAUUCCUAAAAAAAUUAAAUUGGAUAAUGAACUUAGUUCGACAAAAUAUGUUUUGGAUAAUUUUGACGAAACAGAAUUGUUCUUUUUAAGUAUGGCAAGAAUGGUAAAAAAAUUACCCAAACAAGAGCAAAGUAGGAUUAAAAUGGAUAUUAGUAAUAUAGUUUUUAAGGCGGAGCAAAAGUUUGACUAAAAUGAAUUGUAGAAAUAUUGUUAAUUAAA